CGCGCCCACAGGCCGCCCUGGAGGCCGCGGCCAGCCGCCAGAAUUAAGAAGGAAGUAACUUCCAUAAUCCCAGCAGAUGAAGAUUCACUGGUAAAUCGAUCAGAAUUUUUGGCCUACACUCCAAAGAAAAGCCUGGCUGUAUUCUGCCCUUCCAUAGGUCAAAGCAGCUUUAUACAUUAACCAAUAAGAGGAACACAUAUACAGAAGGACAUCCCACAUCAAGUGGAAGUAUGCACGGGUCAUGAGAUUUCACAAAGGAGCAAGGACCCCGGGUGGAAGAGCGGAAAGAAUGUCGGAGCGGGCCGCGGAUGACGUCAGGGGGGAGCCGCGCCGCGCGGCGGGCGGAGCAGCGGCCGCCCGGCAGCAGCAGCAGCAGCCACAGCCUCUGCAGCCCCAGCGGCAGCACCCGCCGCCGCGGCGCCCACGGCCGGAGGACGGCGGCCCCGGGGCCGCCAGCACCUCGGCCGCCGCCAUGGCGACGCUGGGGGAGCGCAGGCCCCUGCCCAGUCCCGAAGCGAUGCUGGGACAACCGUGGAAUCUGUGGGUGGAAGCCUCCAAACUUCCUGGGAAGGAUGGGACCGAAUUGGAUGAAAGUUUCAAGGAGUUUGGGAAACACCGCGAAGUCAUGGGGCUCUGUCGGGAAGAUAUGCCUAUAUUUGGUCUCUGUCCUGCACAUGAUGAUUUCUACUUAGUGGUGUGUAACGACUGCAACCAGGUUGUCAAACCGCAGGCAUUUCAGUCUCACUACGAAAGAAGACAUAGCUCAUCUAGCAAGCCUUCCUUGGCUGCUCCUCACACAUCAGUAUUUUCCCUCCUCCCCUCUCUGUCCAAAAGCAAAGGCCGCAGUGCUAGUGGAAGCGGCCGCUCUUCCAGUGGAGGGGUCCUCUGCGCAUCCUCGUCAAGCCCCAGGUUAAUCAAAUUGCCCAAAGAGAAACUGCCGCCCAGGGGGAACAUCAGGCCCAUGCAGCAGGCUAAAGUCCUCCACGGUAGAGUCAGCAUGACGCCCUCUGUGAAGGUGGAAAAGAUGCAUCCGAAGAUGGAUGGCACACUACUGAAAUCCACAGUGGGGCCGGCCUGUCCUGCUACUGUGAGCUCUGCAGUCAAGCCUGGCCUUAACUGCCCCUCAAUACCAAAGCCAACCUUGCCUUCACCUGGACAGAUUCUGAAUGGCAAAGGGCUUCCUGCAAUGCCCACUCUUGAAAAGAAAUCUGAAGACAGCUCUAAUAGCAGGAAGUUUUUAAAUAAGAGAUUAUCAGAAAGAGAGUUUGAUCCUGAUAUCCACUGUGGGGUCAUCGAUCUGGACACCAAGAAGCCCUGCACCAGGUCUUUGACUUGCAAGACACAUUCCUUAACCCAGCGGAGAGCUGUUCAGGGUAGAAGAAAACGAUUUGAUGUGUUAUUGGCCGAACACAAAAACAAAACCAGGGAAAAGGAAUUGAUUCGCCAUCCAGACUCUCAGCAGCCACCACAUCCUCUCAGGGACCCGCACCCCACCCCUCCUCGGAUGCCACAGGAGCCACACCUCUCUUCAGAGUCAAAGCCUUUCUUAGCUAGUAAACCGAAACCUCAUACCCCUAGUCUUCCAAGGCCUCCAGGCUGCCCUGCUCAGCAAGGUGGGAGUACCCCCAUUGACCCUCCUCCAAGUCACGAGUCUCCACACCCUCCCUUGCCUGCCACUGAGCCAGUUUCUCGGUUAUCCAGUGAGGAGGGUGAAGGUGAUGACAAAGAAGAGUCUAUUGAAAAACUGGACUGUCAUUAUUCAGGUCACCAUCCUCAGCCAGCAUCGUUUUGCACAUUUGGGAGCCGGCAGAUUGGAAGAGGUUAUUACGUGUUUGACUCCAGGUGGAACCGGCUUCGAUGUGCCCUUAACCUCAUGGUAGAGAAGCAUUUGAAUGCACAGCUAUGGAAGAAGAUCCCACCAGUGCCCUGUACCACAUCAACUGUUUCUGCCCGUAUUCCUCACCGGACAAAUUCUGUGCCGACAUCCCAAGGUGGGAUCAGCUAUUUUGCAGCAACCACUGUCUCUGCAUCCUCAGUUCUGCUGUCAUCUACCUGCAUCUCCCCAAAUAGCAAAUCGGUACCAGCUCAUGGAACCACUCUCAAUGCACAGCCUGCUGUUUCUGGGGCAAUGGAUCCUGUGUGCAGUAUGCAAUCCAGACAAGUCUCUGCUUCAUCCUCAUCCCCCUCCACACCCUCCGGCCUCUCUUCAGUCCCCUCCUCCCCUCUGUCCAAAAAACCUCAGAAAUUGAAACCUAGCAAGUCUGUAAGGCCCAAGGAGUCUUCUGGUAACAGCAUUAACUGUCACGGUGCCAGUAGCAGUGCCAGUGGUUGCUCAGGAAAGAAACGCAAAAGCAGUUCCCCACCGUUAGUUCAUUCUUCCUCCUCCUCGUCAUCCUCCUCCUCCUCUUCUCAUUCCGUGGACUCUUUCAGGAAAAACUGUGUGGCGCACUCUGGGACUCCAUACCUGUCACCGGCAGCAUCCUCCCACAGCCUCGGCCUCAGCUGUGUGACAGGUAGAGCCGACUCGGCCAGCCUGCGGCAUGAGCCGGCAGGAAGGGCUCCUCCUGGCAUGAGUCCCGCGGAGCCCAUCAAGAGGAUGAGUGUGAUGAUGAACAGCAGUGACUCCACUCUUUCUCUUGGGCCCUUCAUCCAUCAGUCCAGUGAACUGUCUGUCAGCUCACAGGGCAGCUUUGCACACUCACACACUCCUCUAGACAAACUCAUAGGAAAAAAAAGAAAGUGCUCUCCGGGCUCUAGCAAUGUCUGCAGCAGUGGCAGCAAACCUACAAAGGUUGCCAAAUUGCCAGCCAUGAACAACGUCCACAUGAAACACACAGGCACCAUCCCAGGGGCCCAAGGACUGACGAACAGUUCCCUCCUUCAUCAGGAUAUCUUCUCUCCUUGCUUACGAACAGGAAUUGCAGCAGCAGCACCCCAGAGCCCUGACUUAAAAACCAAAGGCACGCCCCUGACAGCUGACAGUACCACUGGAAAGAGUACCGCAGACGUUUGUGAAGACAAGCCACACCUCUCCUCAGCACUCUGGACCCCACGAUGCCUUUGAGUCUCUCUCUGACCCCUGUGGGCUCCAGGGUGACAAGGAUUUCCUGAAGCUGUGUCUGUAGCAGUGAGAACUCCUAAAGGACACUGGAUCGAGUCCAGCCACCGAUUGCUUUGUCAGUGUUACAGUGGUCUGGACUGCUUGCUACCAAUCUGUGAGAAGUUUUUGUUUGUGUUUUGUUUUUGUUUUUGUUUUUAACUUGCAGCAUAUCAUGGAGCCACUCUUGAAGUAAUUGGCUGGGCAAAAGAAUGUUUUAGCAAGAGCGUUACUGUAGGCUCUUCUCCUUCUUUCUUUGCCAGAAUUUUUUUUGAACACAUGCUCACCUGUAGGUCACCCUCCAGCAGGUAGGAGCUGUUUGCUGGAGACUGGAGGCCUUCCAAAGAAAGGGGAGGGAGUUGAUCCUGACUGGCCUCCUAGAGGAUAUCUGGCUUUAGAUAUUUUUAUAGCAGUGUUCAGGAACAGAAUACUGAUGUUGGUGAGUGCAUCAUGACCUAGUGGCCGGACCCUCUCCAAGUCAUGUGGGAUAAGAAGCUCAUCGAGUUCUCCAAACUUAAGACCUGGUUUGAAGCUGCUCAUAACCGGAUAUUAAGUUGAAAGUAUCUCAGAACCUUAGUUUUCAUGGUGCAAACACAUGUGCGAGAAAAAGAAAAGAAGAAAAAAGACGAGGAAGAUGGAGCAGAAGGAAAACGAGUCUGGUGAUAAAAAGCAAUUGGGACACUGGAUAUGGGGAGGGGAAAAAUCAUGAAGUGGGCAAACCUUGCAGAGUUUCCAAAGAGACAGACUUCUCGUUAAUGCGUUCGUGUUGGACAGUGUGUCAGGGUGGACUGAUCGUCUCGCUCAGUCUGCUUUUUAAGAUUUGCCUUUUUAAAGUUACUAUGAUGUCCUUAAAUUUUUCCCAGGCAUUACUCCCCUUUCGUGUAAGUUUCCGCUUUCAGGACUGCUGUCAUUGUGUCUGUCACAGCCCCCUUCAGGCCACUAGAGAUGUUUAUCUGGAUGCAGGUCGGCCGAGGAGUGGACCCCCAAGAAAGGGGUGGUCAGAGAGCCUUGUGUGUGCCAUGGACGGGAGCAGCUCUGCGAGGGUCACCAGGUUUACUCAUGCACACCCUCCUUUCUUGUGAUAGUGACAGCCAUCUUCCUUCAGUGGGGUGUAAAGCCCUAUUAAGAUUGUUCAGUACCCCAUUCCCAAAGAAUAUUUAAUAUGUUAAGACGUUGCUUGAAAAGUUGUCUACCGGUGAAUGUGGGGAUGAUCUGGGGCCAGUACCACAGCUCCUGCACAGACAGCCAAGUCCUCUGGCUUAGGAGAGUACAGUAGAGUGGCCAAAAGAGUACAGUCCCCAAGGCUCCUACCCUUGUCCUGGCUGUGUCUGGGCAGAGCAGGCAGUGCAUCCUUUCCCCCACAAUUCUUAGGUUACACACUUGAGUUUCAGGGAAUUUCAGUCAACAGCAGGUAGAAUGGAUAAACACUCGGUUACCAGCCUAAUAAUGUGAAUUGCUACACUUACCCUUAUUCUGUGAGAACACAGAGACUUUAUGCAGAUACUUUAACUAAUGUUGAAUUUUUAAAGGAGGGAAAACAGAAUCUUACUUAUGCAUUCAGUCAGUGAAUGGUUUUAAGAAGAUGCUGGGAGAGAGCUAUGAGAAGGGACCAUGGGUGGCCUGUGUGGUCGAGUCAGGAGGGAGCACUCGGCUGUCCCAUCCAUCCAUCCGGGUGGUGGGGAAGGAGGGAAGAGGGAAUCAGUUACAUAGUAAUUACUUGGUGACAAGUGCAAUGGGGUGUGGGUAGGAUUUAUUCUCAGAGCCAAGGGGACUUGAUGGUUAUAAAUUAAGUUGCUUUUAGUGAUGGAAUUUGUAGACAGGUCAUGUUGUUCCGAAAUAUGUGAAUAGGAGCCACAAUAGGAAGCUUAUUCAGAAUAAAGUAGAGGCUUAGAUUAGUGUUACAAUUUGAUUUCUUAGACUGGGGUUUUAAUUGAACUUCAUUAUAUCUCCGGGUAACACACAGAGCCUCGGCAUUAGGAAAAGCCAUUUUGGAUUCUGCCUGUCACAAACAGACAUAUUCUAAACAGUGCUACUAAUGUUUAGACUGUUCAGAUAUUUUAUUUUCUCUGACAACUACUUUUUAUGAUGAUGAACAAUUAAGACCAUUUAAAAUAUGGGAGUACAAAUAUUUUUUUUAAUUAGAUUAACUUGCAAAAACCAAAUUUGCAGUACUUGGAUUGUUUCUAGACAGACUUUGGUGUCAAUUUAAAACCAAGAUAAUUUUUAUAUUCUUUCCAAUAGAAUUCAUGACAGCUUCUGCCGUUUUCUUAAACUGCAAAAAUAAAGUGCUGCAAUGCUGAACAAAGAAUUAUAAAAAAAAAACUACUUUUGUAUCUUUAUUUUGGAAUUUCUUGUUCUAUUAUAAAUAUGGAAGUAUCCCUAUUUCAGAAGACAUAUUUUGUUAAAAAUGAAUUGUACAUAUUUAAAUAUGUAUUUUUGCACAGGUCUUUUUUUCUGAUAUCCUGUUUUGGUACAAUUGAGAUCAUCUAGUAUUUAUUUAUUAAUUAAUAAAAAAUAAAUACCUUUUUAUAAUUUGAAGUGGUUCACUGCCAAGUCAAUAGUUUAGAACCUGCCUCUUAGUUAAGGGAUGCCUCUGUUCUGUGAAAGUCUCUGUCCCUUUCAGUGUCUCGGGAGUGGUUUAAUAUAGAUGAAGUGGGCGUAGCUUCUCUCAGUUGCCUGAUUGCCAGAUAGACUACAUGGAACUAAGUGACACACUGCUUUUCUUUGUUUAGUCGUGUGUGUGUGUGUGUGUGUGUGCAUGCACAUGCGUGCCUGUGUGUGUGUGUGUGUGUGUGUAAUAACACUCUGAGCACACCUGUAUUAGUAGUAUGCGAUAUGGUUUAAAUUAAUGGGGGAAACAACAAAACAAAGCUGAAAGUGCCUGAACCUAGUUUCAGCUCAGACAGAUUUUCUGAUAAAGACUUGAAAGCUGAGUUGAACUUCUGGAGUUUGCUUUUCCCACCUAAAUAUUAUUUCUAAAGUUUUAGGGGAGAAGUUAAAAGCCAUCAAGGCUGGUAAUUUUUAUAAGGUAUUUUAAAAUUAAGACAUUUUGGUUCACAGUAAUUUAACCCAGUGCCACCAAGGGUUAUAAAUGAUUGUCUGCCAGCAGCUGUUAGUCACUCAUGAAAUACAGAGUUUAAGAUACGAUAUUUAAAAUAUUUUGUAUUAAAAAAAAAAUACAAGAAGUACCUCUGAGAACAUUGAAAAAAAAUUUUUAAUUUGAAAAACAAUGUAACUUAGAAAGGCAGCUGUCUUCCUGUAAGAGUUCUGUUGCCAAGGGAUUUCUUAAUGUCUCCAUUCUGUCCUGGGUUGGGGAAAAGUUGGGCUUUGAAAAAAUGAUUGUUAAAAGUUUCAUUGUUUAAAAGAAAAUAAUUCUUACAUCUUAUUGUAAGACAUUUUACCUUUUCAGAUCACUGAGUGAGCACUACAUAUUGUCAGUGUGAAUGCAGGGCCUUGAAAGAAUUUUGCUUUUUUUUUUUUUUUUUUUUUUAGCUCGGUUCUGAAAGCAAUCUCCUGUGUUACCAUGUGUGAAUAGUUUGAUAAAUGUGUACACAUAAUCAAGAGCAUCUCAGCUGGACUUUGUUGGCUGCUGUAUAGAAAUGAACAAAUGUCAAGGGAUAGAAAAUUACUUUGGAUAUUUAAAAGAGAAAAAAUAUAUAGUCUAUUUGUUUUGUAACAAGUUUCUGUAAAUAAAAUAAUUUAUACUAUUUAUAAGAAAAAGUUGUGCUUUGCUUUAUGAGAAAUUAAGUUUGUUGAACAAACAUGUCAUUAAAUGGGCAAUAA